GUUUUGUGUUAAAUACCCCUUUUCUAACAUGCAGUUUAGCAGUUGUACUAUUUCAUGGAAUGCAUUGUUUUACAGAAAUUCGUGAAUUGGGCCUCAUCAAAAUUAGCAAGUUUGAUAAUAGGUUGACAAGGAAGACAUUCCACAUCAAUCUAGAACUUGAAGGAUUGAGCACCAUUUACUGUGGACUUAUUUGUACCACUCAAAGGCCUCUUUGUGUUGGAAUGUUAUAUAACUCUAUAACUAAAUCUUGUAAAAUCCUUAUAUCGCAUCUGACUGAACGGUCAGUGAAUGACAGAGUGUUGGUAGAGGGAUGGGGCGUUUGGAUUGACCCAGAAGCAUGUUGGCCCGGAUGGUUUCCAUUUGCCGGUCAUUGUUACCAACUCCAUACAGAGGGUGCCCCGUUUGAGGACGCAGUAAUUCGGUGUCAGACAGAAGGGGCGUAUUUAGUUGAGGUUGACUCAGUGGAGGAGAACAUGUGGAUAACAGAAGAAUUCGGUGAUUAUGCUUGGAUAUGGCUUGGAUUUAAUGACCGAGAAAUGGAAGGGACCUUUAAAUGGACUCGUCCAGGAAGUCACGUGGUCUUCACGAAUUGGAGACCUGGCGAGCCUAGCAAUUCCCAGUCUGACGAUUGCGCGGGACUUUCAAAAACAGGAGUUUGGAAUGACAUGAGUUGUACAAUCGCUUUUCGGUUUAUCUGUGAGAAGGACAAACUGAGAGUUUAA